AUGCAGUGGAAAGUGGCUGUGGUGGGCCUGUCGGUGGUGUGCGUGCUGGGCUGGUGCGACAGCCUGCCGGGGGAGGUCAUGAGCAAACUGAUCAUACCUCAACACUACGGGGUGAAACUGUGCGGGAGAGAGUUCAUCCGAGCUGUCAUCUUCACCUGUGGAGGCUCGCGCUGGAGACGCUCGGCAGAGGGUCCAGUCCAGUGGAGCUCCUUCAGUGACAUCCAAAGCCAAGACCAGCAGCCUGCUGGGCAGCAAGACCCCGAGCCCACAGACCCUAUUUCUCCUCUCCUCGCUCAAUCUUCCCUCUCUGACCUCAUUGCCCUCCGCAGCAUUUUGGGCAGGCUGCCACAGUGGCUCGCUGACCUGACCCUCCGAGCCCUGCAAAAGUCUUCAGGUUUUAAGGCUGAGGUGACCCCAGAAGCUGGCGAGCGACCCACCAACAAGAAGAGGAACUUAUCUCUGGGUCUGGCAGGAAUCUGCUGCAGUCACGGCUGCACCAAAAUAGAUAUCGGCCGACUGUGCUGAGGUGAAUAUCGGUGCGGCAGAUAUGAGCUGUGU